CUGGGCCACUUCCUGCUGCAGACUUGUGCGAAUGCAGGGGGCAACCUCUGUACGCUGCCAGGCGCGAACGCAGCCAGUGACAGUAUUGAGCUGAGCUGAGCAAAAGCCUGGCUGCCUUGGAUAUAGGGACAGUGUGGGUGGAGAGAGGAGGGGAGAUGCACAGCCCUUCCCAGCAGUGUCUUCUGAAACGUAUCAGUGCUUGGUUGUGUAAAGAAACAGUUCUGAUGCUUGUUGUAGGGGCAGGUUAUUUUGCAUUUUUUUCACAGUGGAAAGUCACUCUUGUUUAUGCAGAUAACAUGUGUCCUUGAUUUUUCUAGCUAUGCAGAAGCUGUGAAAGUCCUGCAUAAUCUUUUGCUCUGGAAUUAUACCUUUUGUGACAUUUUUUCCUGGGUUUGGAUAGAACUGCUGUAACACAGGGGUGGUCAUCUUCAUCAUGCUUCGUUCAAGUCAUAAGCUUCUCUAGUCCACUUCAGAAAGUGUUAAAAGAACAGCCCACAGAUCUUAGUGAAGGGAAAAAUCCGUUAAUGACGGACAAGCACUAGAGGUGAUGCCCAAUAUGUACUCUGUAGUAUAAGCUGGAGAGGAGCACCAGCCAAUUAGUUUUGACUUGGGAAGUCUGUGCUUGGGAAUAUGUUUCCAGUUUAUCAGUUGACGUAAUCCUCAGUUUCCUUUACAGAGCCAUUAUUAAUUGUGAGAGAACAUUCCUUCAGCCCCAUCUCCUUCCAUAGAUUUAUUUUGCUGCCUUCUAGCCAUUUAGGUUGUGUCUAAGUCAGUGGAUUUUGGAAUAUAUCCAAGCCUCUGUGCCCAGGUGCCUGCCUGCAUUAGUAAUAUCCCAACCCCAUAUCCAGGUGAAACCCAGGGCAAGCACCAGCCCUUUCUUCCUACCUAAUUGAAUCAUUUUGGUUUUCUCAGAUCGUCUUCAUGCAGCGUAAUACAGCAUUGCACAGGCAGUUAUUUGCAUGAGCAUUUUUACAAAGCCAGCAACCGUUUUCACAUUCAUAAGGCUACAGAAUGUUUCUUUCAGCCAGAUUUUUCUGAGAGCUCAUGUCCACCCUAGGAAGAGAUUGGUACACUGGUCCUAGCCCUGCCAGUUGCUAACAAGACAGCAAACAUUGGGAAGAGGGGCUGCUAACCAUCUUGCAGGACUUCAUUCAUAUGCUGCAGUGAGAAAGAUGACAUCAUUCUCAUGAUGUGAUCUUAAGCCUUAAAGCAGAGGGAUCCUCAGAAAUAAUAUCCUAGGAGCUAUCUAAGCAUCGUUAAAUUCCCUGUUAUAAUCCCUUGAUUCGUUCAAGACAUGCUGCUGCAUUGAAAAUGAAUUUCUUCCUAGGGGUCUGACACAGGCUUGCAUAUGCAAAGGAAAUUGUGGGAGAUAACUUCCCACAUGUUAUUAAAGGCAUCCUGGGCUUGCUGGCAGAGGCAGGAACAUCUGCUGCGUGCGGGGGGAACGCUGCCUGAGCCUUGCCCGCGCGUCACUUCUGGGAACUGCGCCAUGACUCAGCACAUCUGGUCUGGACUUCCCCAGAAUAGGUGGGAGUCCAGUGGGUUGCCUUUGCCCCGCAGCUGGAGCACAGUGACCGGCAGCAUCCGUGGCCCUGUCGUGGGAGAGGUGCAGGGCCGGUUUGGGAAGCAGCAGCAGGCAGCAAGUGCCGGAGCCCUGUGUUCCUGGAAGUUUGCGAGCCGGGAUAUAUUCAAGUGGUGAGCUUCACCACUUUAUUGACGGAUUUAAUGAAGACAAGAGCAACUGGAUGCGUUAUGUAAACCCUGGCUACUCUGUUCAGGAACAGAACUUGGCUGCUUGUCAGAAUGGAAUGAACAUCUACUUCUACACCAUCAAGCCCAUCCCUGCCAACCAAGAGCUGCUUGUGUGGUAUUGCAGAGACUUUGCAGAGAGGCUGCACUAUCCCUCCUCCAGAGAGCUGACAAUGAUGAACCUCACACAAACCAACGUUAAUCCAAAGCAGCACAGUGCUGAUAAAGAUGAGCUCUAUCAGAAAAGCAUCCCAAAGAAGGAGCACAGUGUGAAAGAAAUCCUGAAAAUGGAAUCCAAUCCUCCAAAAGGAAAAGAUUUCUUCCAGACCAACAUUUCACCAGUUACUCCAGAAAAAGACUUGGAUGAUUUGCGUAAGAACUAUAGCCCAGAGAGGUGUUUCUUCCCUCGAGUUGUCUACCCAAUCCGACCUCACAUUCCAGAAGACUAUCUGAAAGCUUCCUUAGCAUACGGGAUGGACAGACCCAGCUACAUUACUCACUCACCCAUCCAGACAUCCACUACACCGAGUCCUUCUGGGAGGAGCAGCCCAGACCAAAGCUUAAAAAGUUCAAGCCCUCACAGCAGUCCAGGGGUCACGGUUUCGCCCCUGGCACCCACUUCCCAAGAGCACAGAGAGCCGUACUCUUACUUGAAUGGAUCAUAUGGCUCGGAAGGAUUGGGGUCUUAUCCGGGAUAUGCACCCCCUGGCCACCUUCCACCUGCCUUUCUACCGUCCUAUAACCCCCACUACCCCAAAUUCCUGAUACCUCCAUUCAAUAUGAGCUGUAAUAACCUGAGCGCUUUGAACAAUAUCAAUGGCAUCAACAAUUUCAAUCUCUUCCCAAGGAUGUACCCUCUCUAUGGCAACCUGCUCAGUGGAGGUAGCCUUUCCAACCAUAUGCUGAACCCCACCACACUCCCCAGUUCAUUGCCUAGUGAAGGAGGCCGUCGAUUGCUGCAGCCUGAUCAUCCAAGAGACUUCCUCAUACCAGCACCUAACAGUGCCUUCUCUGUCACGGGCGCUGCUGCCAGCAUGAAGGACAAGCCAUGCAGCCCUACCAGCGGGUCACCCACAGCUGGUACAGCAGCCAGUUCAGAACACAUAAUGCAACCUAAACCUACCUCAGUGGUGUUGGCUGCCACCGGUGGUGAAGAAGCCAUGAAUCUCAUUAAAAGUAAGAGGAAUGUGACCGGUUACAAAACCCUCCCAUACCCACUGAAGAAGCAGAACGGAAAGAUCAAGUACGAAUGCAACGUUUGCUCGAAGACCUUUGGCCAGCUCUCCAAUCUGAAGGUGCACCUCCGAGUGCACAGCGGAGAGAGACCAUUUAAAUGCCAGACUUGCAAUAAAGGCUUCACACAGCUGGCUCACCUCCAGAAGCACUACCUGGUACACACAGGAGAAAAACCCCACGAGUGUCAGGUUUGUCACAAGCGGUUCAGCAGCACCAGCAAUCUCAAAACCCACCUGAGGCUCCACUCUGGAGAGAAGCCUUACCAGUGCAAGCUCUGCCCAGCCAAAUUCACCCAGUUUGUGCACCUCAAGCUGCACAAGCGUCUUCACACCCGGGAGCGUCCCCAUAAAUGCAUCCACUGCCAUAAGAGCUACAUUCACCUCUGCAGCCUCCAGGUCCACCUGAAGGGCAACUGCCCUGUUGCCCCUGCCUCUGGCCUGUCCAUGGAGGAGCUGAAUCGAAUCAAUGAGGAGAUAGAGAAGUUUGACAUCAGUGACAAUGCUGACAAGUUGGAAGAAGUGGAGGACAAUAUCGACUUAACAUCAAUCGUGGAGAAGGAUAUACUGACCAUGCUCAGGCGGGAAAUGGAAGGAGCUAAUCUGAAAGUCUCUCUGCAGAGGAACCUGGGAAAUGGACUUAUCUCCUCAGGAUGCAACCUUUACGAGUCGUCAGAUAUGUCAAUUAUGAAGUUGCCUCACGGUCACCCACUACCUCUGUUACCUGUAAAGGUCAAGCAAGAAACAGUUGAACCAAUGGACCCUUAAGACUUUUCGGCAAAGUGAUUUCUUUUUUUAAUUUAUGACUUGGCAAGUCAGGGUGCCUGUAGCAGUUGCUUGUACAUAGUUUCAAUGCUGCAAAGCAAUCUUGGCUUACAGUAGUUUCUCUACGCUCUCCCACUGAAACAAGGAACUCCGAAGUUACUGUUUUCUCAGGGCAUAAAAAGGGGCAAAGGACUGUGCAUUGCCUCGCCAGUUAUUAAGAGACAAUCAUCUAUCCAUAAUUAUUUUUUCAAUAAUAGUACUUCAUAAUUUAUUAUGCAAUUAAUCAUUCUAAAAGCAAUAAUUAGGAAAAUGUUUACAAUGACUGGAAAAUUCAUUGUAAUUUUUACUUUAAAUGUUUUUAAUUUUUGUUUUAUGGCCAUUCUUUGUAGAUACUUUUUUUUUUUUUUCCUGCACAUCUGUUUCAAGAACCUAAGAUUGGGGUUUCCGUAAAUGUGUUUUAUGUACCGAUGUCUUUUAAACAAAUGUGGUUUUUCCUGUUGCCAAAGUUGGACAUUAGACAUGCAGAAUCCUAGAUCUGUUGGUUUGAAAAAAAACACUGUCUACUUUUAUGUGCAGAUCACCCCACUGGGAAUUGGAAUGGGAAACAAAAAAAGAACCAACCCAGAGUAGCAGCAAGCAGGGAUGAAAGUGCUGCCCCUGGCUUUCUGAGGAUAGGAGAGAGGUUCUUCUCCCUGCAGCUGUCCGGGGAGCAGAUGUGGCACAGCAAACACCCACCUGCCAUGGACAGUGAUCCCACAGGUUUUUAGGACACAGCUUUA